AUGAACUCCCUUUUUCAUUUCCUUUUCUCUUACAUCUUCUGCUUUCCUCUCUUCUCCUUUUUCUUCCAUGCUCUCUACCUUCCUUUCAUUCCUUUUCUCUUACACUCUCAUCUGCUUUUUCUUUUUCUCCCUUUUUCUUCCAUACUCUCUAUCUUCCUUUCAUUCCUUUUCUCUUACACUCUCAUCUGCUGCUUCCUCUCUUCUCCCUUUUUUCUUCCAUGCUUUUUCUACCUUCCUUUCAUUCCUUUUCUCUUACACUCUUCUCCCUUUUUCUUCCUUUCUCUCCUCCUUCCUUUUUCUCCUUUUUCUUCUCCCUUUUUCUUCUUUUUUUUCCUUUCAUUCCUUUUCUCCUUUUUUCAAACUCAUUUUCCUUUCAUUCCUUUUCUUUUUUUCAUUUUUUCUUCUUCUUUCCUUUUUUCUUCCAAACUUUCUAUUCCUUUUUCCCUUUCUCUUCCCUCUCAUCUUUGCUUCCUCUUUCUCCUUUUCUUCCAUAAUAACUACCUUCCUUUCAUUCCUUUUUUCUUACACUCUCAUCUGCUAACUCCUCUUUCUCCUUUUUUUCCAUGCUCUCUACCUUUUUUCAUUCCUUUUCUCUUACACUCUCAUCUGUGCUUCUCUUUUCUCCUUUUUUCUUCCAUGCUCUCUACCUUCCUUUCAUUCCUUUUCUCUUUCACUUUUCAUCUGCUGCUUCCUCUUUUCUCCCUUUUUUCUUCCAUGCUCUCUACCUUCCUUUUCAUUCCUUUUCUCUUACACUCUCAUCUGCUGCUUCCUCUCUUCUCCCUUUUCUUCCAUGCUCUCUACCUUCCUUUCAUUCCUUUUCUUUUCACUCUCAUCUGCUGCUUCCUCUUUUCUCCCUUUUUUUCCCAUGCUUCUAUCUUCCUUUCAUUCCUUUUCUCUUACACUCUCAUCUUUCUUUCCUCUCUUCUCCCUUUUUCUUCUUCUAUGCUCUUCUUUUUUCCUUUUCAUUUCCCUUUUUUUCCACUCUUACCUUUUCAUUCUGCUGCUUCCUCUUUUCUCCCUUUUUCUUCCAUGCUCUCUAUUUUCCUUUCAUUCCUUUUCUCUUACAAUCUCAUCUGCUGCUUCCUUUUUUCUCCUUUUUCUUCCAUGCUCUCUACUUCCUUUCAUUUUCUUUUCUCUUACACUCUCAUCUGCUGCUUCCUCUCUUCUCCCCUUUUCUUCCAUGCUCUCUACCUUCCUUUCAUUCCUUUUCUCUUACACUCUCAUCUGCUGCUUCCUCUCUUCUCCUUUUUCUUCCAUGCUCUCUACCUUCCUUUCAUUUCCUUUUCUCUUACAUUCUCAUCUGCUGCUUCCUCUUUUCUCCUUUUUCUUCCAUGCUCCUUCCUUUCAUUCCUUUUCUCUUACACUCUCAUCUGCUGCUUCCUCUCUUCUCCUUUUUCUUCCAUACUCUCUAUCUUCCUUUCAUUCCCUUUCUCUUACACUCUCAUCUUUGUCUUCCUCUCUUCUCCUUUUCUGCUCUCUACUUUCAUAGCCUCAUCUGCUGCUUUUUCUCCCAUUCUUCUGCUCUCUACCUUCCUUUCAUUCCUUUUCUCUUACACUCUCAUCUGCUGCUUCCUCUCUUCUCCCUUUUUUUCUUCCAUGCUCUCUACCUUCCUUUUCAUUCCUUUUCUCUUACACUCUCAUCUGCUGCUUCCUCUCUUCCUCCCUUUUUUCUUCCAUGCUCUCUACCUUCCUUUCAUUCCCUUUCUCUUACACUCUCAUCUGCUGCUUCCUCUUUUCUCCCUUUUUCUUCCAUACUCUCUACCUUCCUUUCAUUCCCUUUCUCUUACACUCUCAUCUGCUGCUUCCUCUUUUCUCCCUUUUUCUUCCAUACUCUCUACCUUCCUUUCAUUCCUUUUCUCUUACACUCUCAUCUGCUGCUUCCUCUUUUCUCCCUUUUUCUUCCAUGCUCUCUACCUUCCCUUUCAUUCCUUUUCUCUUACACUCUCAUCUGCUGCUUCCUCUCUUCUCCCUUUUUUCUUCCAUGCUCUCUACCUUCCUUUCAUUCCCUUUUCUCUUUUCUCAUCUGCUUCCCCUCUCUUCUCCCUUUUCUUCCAUGCUCUCUACCUUCCUUUUCAUUCCUUUUCUCUUACACUCAUCUGCUGCUUCCUCUCUUCUCCCUUUUCUUCCAUGCUCUCUACCUUCCUUUUUCAUUCCUUUUCUCUUACACUCUCAUCUGCUGCUUCCCAACUUCUCCCUUUUCUUCCAUGCUCUCUACCUUCCUUUUCAUUCCUUUUCUCUUUUACUCUCAUCUGCUGCUUCUUCUUUUCUCCCUUUUCUUCCAUGCUCUCUACCUUCCUUUCAUUCCUUUUCUCUUACACUCUCAUCUGCUGCUUCCUCUCUUCUCCCUUUUUCUUCCAUGCUCUCUACCUUCCUUUCAUUCCUUUUCUCUUACACUCUCAUCUGCUGCUUCCUCUCUUCUCCCUUUUUCUUCCAUGCUCUCUACCUUCCUUUCAUUCCCUUUCUCUUACACUCUCAUCUGUUGCCUUCCCAUUGCACACUUUCUCUUCCAUGCUCUCUGUCUUUUUUUUUCAUUCUCUUUCUCUUCCAGUCUCUUUUGUUGCCUUCCCUUUGUUCCUCUUCCUUUUCAUUAUCUCUAACUGCUUUUCUUUCAUUCCCUUUCUACUCUCUAUAGAUUUCUUUCUACUCUUGUUUUUCUUCUUUCUUUCUAAACUCUUUUUCUCUUUCACUUUCUGUAACUGCCUUUCUUUUGCUUGCUUUCAGUACUAUUCUCUUUAA